UCUGUCGCGUGCGGAUCAGAUCAGUCUUUACAGUUUAGGCCCGAUUUGACGCUAAUUUCAGCUGACUUUCGGCUGGCUGGCUAAUAGUGUAGCUAAUAGUGCGCGAGUGUAACUUUAGCAUUUGAAUCUCAGUUUUGGGUGAUUACCAACUGAAUUGUGUGUGACAGUUGCUGAUUAGAGGUCGUCCGAGGAGCCAUGUCCAUCAAGUGCGUCCACCUGGUGGGCCUUCUGGUCCUGCUAAUGGGCGUGGCCAACGCCAUUUUCGAUCACACACUGAAGAGGGACUUCCCAGGUCCUUACUGCGCCCGUGAGAACACCUGCUGCAAGGAUCGGCACGACGGCUGCUCGGUGCCCAUCUCCACCACUCUCUGCUACUGCGAUGAGUUCUGCGAUCGGGACGAUUCCAGCGACUGCUGUCCCGACUACCGCUCCUUCUGCAUGAAGGAGCCCGAUCUUGUGGUCUCCUGCGAGCACAAAGGCGUCUACUUCAGCAAGUUCAACAGCACGUGGGACAACUGCAACGAGUGCCGCUGCCUGGAUGGCGGCAGGACGCAGUGCGACGAGAAUCUGUGCCUCACCGACGACGCCCUCAUACACAGCGUGAACUCCAUCCAAAGACUCGGCUGGUCCGCCCGAAAAUAUGACCAGUGGUGGGGACGCAAGUACUCCGAGGGACUGAAGCUGCGUCUGGGCACCAAGGAGCCCACGUACCGCGUGAAGGCGAUGACCCGUCUAAAGAAUCCCACCGAUGGCCUGCCCAGCUCCUUCAACGCCCUGGACAAGUGGUCCAGCUACAUCUCCGAGGUGCCCGACCAAGGCUGGUGCGGUGCCUCCUGGGUGCUGUCCACCACCUCGGUGGCCAGCGAUCGCUUCGCUAUCCAGAGCAAGGGCAAGGAAGCCGUCCAGCUGUCCGCCCAAAACAUCCUCUCCUGCACACGUCGCCAGCAGGGCUGCGAAGGUGGUCACUUGGACGCCGCCUGGCGCUACUUGCACAAGAAGGGCGUGGUCGACGAGAGCUGCUAUCCGUACACCCAGCAACGCGACACCUGCAAGAUCCGCCACAACAGUCGCUCUCUGAGGGCCAAUGGCUGCCAAACACCAUACAAUGUGGACAGGGACACCUUCUACACGGUGGGUCCGGCCUACAGUCUGAACCGCGAAGCCGACAUUAUGGCCGAGAUCUUCCACUCCGGUCCCGUACAGGCCACCAUGCGGGUUAACAGGGACUUCUUCGCAUACGCAGGAGGCGUUUACCGCCAGACAGCAGCCAACCGAAUGGCGCCCACUGGGUUCCACUCGGUGAAGUUGGUCGGCUGGGGAGAGGAGCACAAUGGUGAAAAGUAUUGGAUCGCAGCGAACUCGUGGGGUCCUUGGUGGGGUGAGCGUGGCUACUUCCGCAUCCUGCGAGGCUCCAACGAGUGCGGCAUCGAGGAGUACGUGCUGGCCUCCUGGCCCUACGUCUACAACUACUACAAUGUGAAGUCGGCUUAAGGGGGAUUAAGGAGGGCCUACGCCUCGCAUCGAGCAAUCUCUAGCUAUGCGGAAACGAAAACAAAUUUAUCUCAUGCUUCAAAAUUUUCCAUUUGCUAUAUGGCACUCAAAGUGAAUUAGGCGCUUCUAUCUGUAAUGUUUAUGCUUAGAACCUAGUGACUAAAAAUAUUAGCUUUAAGUUGCGCAAACGCCCCAAGUUAACUGCCCGCAGUACCAGGCCUGUCCCUAACCACUCUUCUCACUCACUUCCCACUCUCCACACUAACUGGUCUCGAAGCAACACGAAACUGCCACCAAACACCGCUCCAUCCCCCGAUAACUGCCACACCCACCAGAGGAACCGAACCGGAGGAGCACGAACAUCCAGCACCCUUGUAGCGCAUGUGAUUGAUGAAAGGACGAAUCGAGGAGCGAGAUUCGAUCGGCUAGAGUCUGUAGGAUAUGUACGAGUGCGAACUCAUCGUGUAUUGUAAAUGGAUGCUAAGUUAACUGAUUGAUAGACCGAUGAAAGUUAGUCGGCUUAUAUAUUUUUAAUAAACGAAUUACUUUACAUGUUUA